AUACUAUAGCCCGGGUUGUCAGGGAUUUGGCGUUCCCUAACAACCCACGCCGCAUUUACUGUGGUAUAGUACCCCUCCUCGCUUCAGUGUCUAACAAUAGAAAUGAGAAUGCCUAAUGGGACACCGCUAUGGGACUGUAUUAUACAGUGUAUAGGCCAAGAGUGUUAUGACUUGGAUUAGGCCGAAUAUAACUGUUCUAUUUUGGCGACUACGGAUCAAAAUGUACCGUCGUAGUUCAUGACGAAUAGGCCUAUACUCAAGACGGGGAAUUAGUGUGAGAGAAAUUGAAUAUUGUGAACCCAUUAACCACUCCUAUCAGGUAGAGCCUACAGCAAUUAAAAGCUUUAAAGUUGGACCAUAAAACUUCCGUCUCGAAAUCUCUCCAGGCCCUUUCUCGCAACCAUGAUUUUCUGAGCAAUCGAAAUGCUUCUGAUGUCAUAUGCGGCACACCCCUUUCAGCUGGACAUCUCCAGACCUUUCUUCUGCAGUUCAAGACGAAAUUGAGGGAUCCAACUUGUCGUUAUGUCUCGUAUGGAGAGAAUCAUGGGGAUACCCCAGGAGAGCAAGAAACCUUCAUCGUUGAAGUACCCACGUGACCCGCCAGGCCCUCGGCACAUCAACAAGCAGGCCGCCAUCGACAUCGCCCGCAAACUCAAACUAACGACCAUCGGGAAAGUCGGGCUUCGGAUCACCAACUCCACCAGCAUUGACUCCGAGAUGAUGUCCAAGUACAACAACCAGGAACAGACCAAGGAAGUUUCCCAGAAGUCCUUGAUGGAUCGCAGGAAAGGCUUGGAGAUGGCUAGGAAUAUCGUAGAGAGUCGCGUUGGGAAGUGCAUCAUGGAGACCAAUGAUUACGAGGUCAGACGCUUCAAUCGCGAGUAUGAGAAACUCCUGGAAAACGAGGAUCAGACUAAACGACUGAUGAUCCAGAAGAAGCGAGAGUUUGUGCACCACAAGCAGAAGGUUGAUCAGGCGAUGAACUUGACCAGACGCGAUGGUAGUCGAUCGCCCAUGGCCCCAACAAGCGAUACUGAUCGCCCACAGCUUCCUACUAUCUAUCCAGUAGGAGCGGUGCGUCAGCAGACGAGGGAUGCUUCAUCCAGAGAGGAUCAAGUGGUAGAGUCUAGGAGAAGGUCACCAGGGUACAUGCGUCCUCUAAGCUGCACCAGGGACAAAUCGCACGAUUCCGCAGUGGGUGAAACUGAACGAUUCUUGAAUAGCCCGUACAUGAGAGCGUGCAUCAGCAAUAUCAAUGACGAGGAAGCAACGAACCGUGUUCUGGAAGGAAUCGAAGAAGCAAAUGAAGCGGAAUCUUAUAGGGAUUCGCUGCCAAAAUCGCGCGCAGCCUCGGCGAAGGGUGAACAAACAGCUCAGAAUAGAUUAACUGAUGCUCCUGAUGAUAAACCUGAUACGCAUUUUGAGAUUAAUAGAUCACCCAGUCGAAAUAUCUCUUUCAUGAAACAUUUGUUGAUUGAACAGGUUAAUGAAAUAAAAGAAACUCCCAGGAGCAAGCCACCUUCUAGAAUCAAUUCACCAGCUUCUCCACGACCAGAAGCUUCCGCAAAUCGGGAUCACGAAUAUCCAAGAGAUUCUGUUGAUAGCAGAGUGGCCCCACAUCCUGAUCCUUAUACAAAUCAAGAAGGUGGCGAACAGAAACCUCCCAGCCGUGGAAAGUUCUUAGUAGAACUAAUCAAAUCAGAGUCUUUCACAAAUCCCGAAAGUCCUGCAAUAUUAGUGGAAAGUUUCAGGGCAGAAGGAGACAGAAGCGCAACUCCCGGGGGUACCAAGAUGGCAUCCUUUUCGUCCAUUGCAAAGAGACUCAAAGGCGGAAAAGAUGGCGGUGCGGAAUCUCCUGAUGAUGGUAGUAAGAAAUCAAAGAAACAAUCUGCUAACUCGCUGACAGUUGCAGCUCAGAUCGCGCUUCUGAGGACGCGGUCAACCUCGCGUAAUAAGAAACGGCGGGCCAAGAAGAUCGCAAGCAUGAACGCCCGCAACGUAAAACUAUCGGAUAGAACAGAUUUAAUGGCAGAUCCGCGGUUUACCCGCCUAGCCGAUUCACUCAUUCCGGAUUCUGGCGGAUCUACUGACCUCUAUCAUUCCAAAGGAAAGUUUAGCUUACCUGACCACGUCGCUGCCGGUUUCAAAUCGAAUGCGUCGAGGACUAAAGACAGCAAGUUCAGACAAUCAAGAAAUUUGCAUAAUUUGAUGAGAUUCGAAGAACUGUUAGAUUCUCUUUGAAGGUAGCCGUCAUGAUAGAAGAUAGUUCCAUCGCGUUGGUUCUGAGAAAAGAAUCCGUCUCCUACUAAUCGUCAGACGGUUUGAUCGAGAUGUACGGCUGCAAUCACAGUCAUUCGGUUUUCUUACGGUCUCAAGUAUCUGCCUAACCCUAAUCAUCACCACCACCACCAUCAUCGUCGUCGUCGUCAUUCACCAACAACAUCAAAACCAUCACCAUCAUCCUCAAUAUACCCAUUAUCAUCAACAUCAUCUUCGUCAUCAUCAACAUCAUCCCCAUCAUCGUCGUCGUCAUCAUUCACCAUUAACAUUACCACCAUCACAACCAUUACCAUCAUCUUCUUUUUACCCAUCAUCAUCACCAUCAUCAUCAACAAAAUUAUCGUAAUCAUCAUCAUCAUCGUUAUCAUCAUACCCAUCAUCAUCUCAAACAUCUCUGUUUGUGUGAGUCUCUAAAACUCCUAAUCUUUUUAUCAGCACAACCAUAAUCAAGGCGAUGUCAAAAGCAAUGACUGUCAUUGAGGUUGAAAUAUGGAAUGUAUGCAUGUUUGAGGCCGGUAACAAAAAUCUUGGUGAUUUUUUAUCUUGCAGUUCAUAUUUAAGAUUGAUUGUAAAUAGGGGCUGCGGAUUUACCUGGGAGAAGGGGUGAUGUGCUCAGCACCACCACUUUUUUUCUUUUUUUUAGAAAUGUGUAUAAAACCUUAAAAUGACUAUCUGAUUGUGAUUUCGUUGCAUGCUCAGUUCCCCACAUUAAAUCAAAUCCAUUCCGCAGCCCCUGGUACAUUAUGUUCAAUGCAAUCAGUCGUUGAAAAAAAUCAGAACUCCUUGGGGCAGACAGAGUAGGAGGGGAUGAUGAGACAAUACCUUAAAGAAGGCCGUAUUGCAUGGGGGCAUAGGCAUGAUAGGUGAGAGCAUAAGCGUGUCAUAUCGGACGCAGGUUCCAGAAGCCUAAUUCAUGUAAUUGGUGGGGAGAAGAAAUACGUUUGAUUUGUGUGUUGUGUUUAAUAAAAAGAAUGCGGUCGUAUGCUAAUAUUUUAAAUUAAUUCAUAUACGGUGCGGGAAGAAUGGAUAUGUAAAUUCUAUACGAAGAAAAUUGAUAAAUAAUAGUGGUAUAUCGAAAUAAUAAGGUGACAAUGAUACAUCGUGGGUUCUUAUAGUCGCCAUCCGGGGUCACCAUUCAACACGAACAACGUCAAGCGAAAGAGGGGGAAAUGCAUUCGAUUGAGCAGGAAGAAUAUUAUAGAAAUGAGAGUCAGUCUGCUAUACAAGGUAAUUCUACACUACACUUAUAAUUCAAUAGAGAUAAGGCCACCAGCAGGUAAGCCCGUCCCAUUUUUAAGAUAUCCUUGGUCCUGUACAACAAAGCUUAUCAUUGAACGAAAGCUUUAUUUUUACGAUGGAUUUUGCAUUGGCAAAUCGCAAAAUAUGUGCUACGAUCAUUGCUAAGGUUUGUGUAACCAUGUAACGGGGUUCGGGGUCGCCUUUUGUAGCUCGGAUAUUGCUUCAUCGGGCUUUGAUCAUGCCUAAAGCCGACCGCACACCUUACGAUCGGUCUGCGACCCGAUUUUGGAAUAACACGUAGUAUAAUUUGAUGCUAAUAUUGAGACAUGGAAUACCUUACUGUGUAAUGUUGGAAAUCAUUGUACGAAUACAUACGUUCAAAUCUGUGACUAUGCUAUCAUUCUUCUUAGAAUAAAAGCAAAUUUAAUAUCUAGUCGUAAUGAAGUCAUAGCGGGCGUACGAUUGGCUACGAUUUGAAACUUACUUGGCCUUUACUCCAAAAUAAAGGCUUGCAAUCUUUCAAAAUGGUUAUAUUAGUAUUCUUUCAAUUAAUUUCAACCUGUAAUAAAAAUAAUGAUAUGUUCCAUUCAUAUUCUCAGAAAAUUAGCAAAAUGCGAUUUGUUCCAAAAUCGGAUCGCGAGCAGUCGUAUAAGGUGUGCGGUCGCAUUUAGACUUGUUGACCAAAAAAAUGUUUCAUAAUCGUGAUUGUAAUCAAUUAAAUAA